CUCUUAGCCGGUUCUAUCUAGAUUUUCGUAUUCCCGCUCAAGUAGGUUGAUAUAAUCCAGGAUUGCAUACGCAACGCGUUGAUUGUUAACGUAAGUCGAAGAUAUUGUUCUCCGUUAUAUUUAACUUAAUAUAGAAAUGGCUGGACGUCGGGGUGGCCGAGGUAGAGUAGCAAAGAAAGGAAAGAAAGCAUCGGAAACAGAUAAAACUGAAAAUGUCGAAUCAGUAGAAGAACAAAAUGGGGAUGUGAAAAGUAACGUAUCGGAAAAUAAACCAGAAUCACGCGAAAAGAAGGAUACCAAGACAGACAGUGAACAUCAAGAAAAAGCAAGUACUGUGAACAAAGAGGUAGAAGAACCAGUGGAGCAAGCACAAGGUGACGUUGCCACAAAAAGGCCAGCAAGAGGAAAGCGCGGGAAAGACAAAACUGAAAACGAGAAUGUUACCAAAGAGAAAAGAACUAGGAAAGACGCUCGUGUUGUUAUUGAACACUGCAAUGCAUGACAAGUUUAUAAACGUAAAGCAGUCCAGGUGGUAGAAGUGUUGCAUACAGAAUACCCAGAACUUCAAGUAGAGAUGAAUCCAACCAAA